AUGGAGCCGACUAGCACCUCCAACCGAUCUGAGACCGAGCUCGCAGACCUCUCCACGCGCGACCCACAAAGUAACACUGUGCCUCUGCAAAGCCCUUACGCUCAAAAGUUAAACGCGUACACCUGGUUCUGUAGUACAUUCGUUGUUGUGGGAUCUCUACUAUACGGUAUUGACUCGGGUAUCGUCUCAACUACUAUCUCGCAUGAGCAGUUCAAAGACUAUUUCGCACCCUUUACUUCUUCCAUUAAGGGUGCCGUCGUCUCCACCUUCUCUGGUGGAGCCUUCUUUGGCGUGUUCUUCUCCGCCUGGGCCGCUGACAAAUGGGGCCGCAAACGCACCAUAAUGUUUGCCGCCUGCUGGGCUGUUGUGGCGGGAAUUAUUCAAGCGGCCUCUGUCAAGGUUGGCAUGCUGAUUGCCGGCAGAAUUAUUGGCGGAUUUGCUGUUGGUAUCAUGAAUAUGGUGAUCCCAGUUUAUAAUUCUGAGAUUGCUCCGACUUCAAAGCGUGGACUCAUCACUGGUCUUCACGGUCAAUUUGUGGGGUUUGGCUUUGCUGCUGCGAAUUGGAUCGGCUUUGGAUGUUCCUACUCUAAUACCUCUUUUCAAUGGCGAUUCCCGCUUGCGUUCCAGUGCGUCCCUGCUUUAAUCCUCCUCUGUGGUCUACCCUUCCUUCCCUACUCGCCUCGAUGGCUUCUCGAGAAGGACCGUGCAGAGGAGGCUUAUGCGAUUCUCCGCAGACUUCAUGGAGAGAACAAUCUUGCAAAUCCUGCAUACCAGCGUUACUUCGACGAUGAAUUCGAGCAAAUGAAAGAGCAAAUCAGAUAUGAGCAUGUCCUAAAGUCAGGCACUAUGAAAAAUCUGUUAUCUAAGCCAUCAAAUCGGAAACGUUUGCUUCUUUCGAUUGCUAUUCAAGUCUUUGCUCAGCUUUCUGGUAUCAACGUCGUGAACUACUAUCAGACCGAUAUCUACGAGGGAGUAGGAAUCACCGGCCAUACAGUUACUCUCCUGGCGUCCCUCUACGGCAUGGUUGGCCCGGCAUUUAACAUGCUCUGUAUUUCUUAUGUCGAUCGAUUUGGACGCCGUUCUGCAUUAUAUAUCACCGGUGUUGCCAUGGCUGCUGAUCUCGCCAUUGUCAUGGCUCUUACUGCGAAUUACUCUGGGACAGAUAACAAAGUCGGACAAGGCUUUGCUAUUGCUUUUAUCUUCCUUUUCACAGCCAUUUACUCUCUCGGAUAUAACUCUAUUCACUACAUCUAUGUUCCCGAGAUUAUGAAUCAAGAAGUUCGAGCAAAGGGCACUGCUGUUGCGGUUUGUUGCAAUGUCAUCGUCAACAUCAUUUUCAACCAGAUCUCGCCUAUCGGUUUUGCCAAUAUCGGAUUCAAGUACUAUGGUGUCUUUAUUGCUCUCAACUGCGUGGGCGCUAUCAUCGUUUACUUCUACUUCCCAGAGACCAAAGGCAAGUCUCUCGAAGAGAUCAAUGAGAUUUUUGGCGAAGAGGUUGUGACCAGUCAGUUUGGCUUGGAGGAGAUGGGAAAGGUUGAUCAUCGCGAUGGCGCUCAGGCGCAGCACCGUGAAUGA